AAAACCCUAAGCCACGAACGAAACCCUAAUUCCCAAAUCUCAACAUCAGCGAUGGUCUUAACUCUGCCCUUUCACCAGCCAUCUCUUCUCCCGAACGAACUCCGACGCUAUCCCCUCCUAACUAACCCUCGACAUCCGCCCAGUUCCUCUCGGAUCACAAAGCAUCGACAGUUUUGCCCAUUGAUUUCGUCUCAAAGAUCGAAUCUUGAAGUGUCCUGGAUCCAAACGGAAGGGAGCUCCAGUGACGAGUUUGGCGGUUGGUUCGUUCGCAGGAAACCAGAGAUCGAGGCUCGCAGCGGUGGUCAAAAGUUUGUAUUUGUUGGUAUUGGGGCUUCAAUGGCAGUCGUGAUAGCGGCAUUUGCCUGUUUCUCUUUUUCGAAGAAAGGUUUCAAAUUUAGAUUUGAUGCUCCACUUCGAAGAUUCCAUCAGCUGCUGACACCAUCAGAGUCUAGGAGAACUCCAAUUGAAUUCAAGGAAUCCACUGCGCUAGAAGUUGAUCACGCUUCAGAGACAGAGUUCAAUGAUACGUCUGCCAUAGGAUCUGAUGUAUUAAAAUCUGAAAUGGAAUCAGAUUUGGGCGGAAUCAAGCGCAUAAUUGUUCCUUUAGCCGCUGAUCCACUCCAGCAAGAGGCACUGGAUGUUUUGAAGAAGCUGAAGAUCAUUGAAAAUGAUGCCAGUGCUGAUGAACUGUGUACAAGAAGGGAAUACGCACGAUGGUUUGUUAAGGCAAACUAUAUGUUGGAAAGAAAUUCGAAGUACAAGAUAGUGCCCAUAAUGUUGGUUACAGGUUCAACCGCUACAGCAUUUGAUGAUGUGAGUUCUAAUGACCCAGACUUUUGGUGUAUUCAAGCUCUUGGUGAAGCUGGCGUUGUUCUGAGCAAGCUGUCUGCUGUGGACUCCAGUCUAUCAAAUGUAGGUUCUUCAGGUGGACGAGAAGUAUUUAAUUUUUAUCCUGAAAGUUUUAUAUCUCGGUUUGAUCUAAUAAACUGGAAAGUGAUGGUGGAGUAUCCAUUUACUUCUGAAGUGAAAGAAGAAAUGUUAAGGAUGAAAGUGGGUUUAUUGGACUUGAGUGCAAGCGGUCUAGAUGGAUCACCACAGUUAUUGAUGGACCUGAUGGCUGGUGACAAGAGCACACUUAGAAGAGUUUUUGGAAAUAUUAGGCGGCUUCAACCACAUAAACCUGUCACUAAAGCACAGGCAGCAGUUGCACUGACCAGCGGUCGAAUGACGGAAAUUAUUCAGUCAGAAAUAUCGAGGCGCGAAGCGGAAAAUCAAGCAAAAUUAGCUGAGAUGGAAGAAAUCAGGUCUGACUUAAUACGGAGAGGAGAAAUACAGGGUACAUGGGAAGAAAAGCUCAAUAAGGAGAAGGAACGAGAGAUAGAGGUUCAGAGAGAUUUCCAAACCGCAUUGGUUGAACUUGAGAAGGAGAAAACGGCUCGAGAUGAGGGUCUUGCUGAAUAUAUGAAGGAGAAAGCGGCUCUGGAUUAUCAACAGCAACUGUUACUUAGUCUCAGGAAAGAAGUCGAUGACAUGAAUGAUAGACUUUCAACUGAAAAGAUUAAUCUCUCUGCGGAGCAACAAAGUUUAGAGAAACUGUUCGCUGAUUUGCAUGACCAGCAAGAUGCAGCGAUUGAAGCCAAAUCAAUAUUGGAAGCCGAGAAAGAAGCUCUCCGGAUUCUCAGGUACUGGGUGGAGGAAGAGGCAUUGAAAAUUCGAGACCGGAGUAAAAUCCUGGAGCAGGCUGCUCAGAGGUGGAAAUGGCCCUCGAGCUCGGGCAAACUUGCGUGAUAUUCCCUUUUUGGGCAAAAAAUCAAUCUAAAUUUUGCAGUAGAUGGAUCUUUUUGGUUCGUCUAGUGUUUGCAAUUCAUUUUUUGCAGCAUAUGUAAAUUUUUCCUUGUUUGUCAGUGACCUUUUUUUUUUUGUUCUCGAUAAAGUGAACAAAUAUGUAACAGAGUUUGUACGAACCACCAUGCUCAUUUUGACUCUAAAUGACUGGAUCUGCUGAAAUAUCUGCAGACCAGUACAGCAUGAGCACUUACAUUCAAUUCCAAGCAAUCCCCAGGGGGAGAUCAAAAUUCCGUAUCUGUAAUAUCCCAUGAUUUGUGAAGGGAAUGAACUGCCCGACAGUGAUCAAGUGAUUGAUCCCUGCGCCAGUUAAAAUUCGCUGAAGAGUAUUGCUUUGGUAUUCA